AGAAAAAAUAAUAAUAAUUGGCUAAAUCAUGGAGGAGACUUAAAUAACAGGAGGUAUGCUAGUGAAGAGGUGCUAAUCGAUCCAUCAACUGUGAAGAAGUUACGGCUUAGAUGGAAAUUCUAUGCUGGUAAAGACAUAACAGCAACUCCAGCAAUAAGAAGGAGUCACGGAGUGGUCUACUUUCCAUCAUGGAAUGGAAAUUUAUAUGCAGUGAAUGCCUUCAGUGGUGCUCUUAUAUGGAAGAAGAACCUUGGUGAGUUAACAGGAUUAAAUGGUACUGGGAUCAUCGUUAACGUUACUGUAUCAAGAACAACUCCAGCCAUAGCCGGUGGCUUACUGAUUGUUGGAAUAUAUGGCCCUGCAGUUGUAAUCGCUGUUACUAGAUCAAAUGGGAGACUUCUGUGGUCUACUCAGCUAGACUCACGUCCUCGAGCUCAAAUCACUGUCUAGGGUACAAUUAAUAAGGGCUUCUACGUUGGAGUAUCGUCAUUAGAAGAGGCAUUACCAGCUGAACAGUGUUGUAGUUUCCGGGGCAGCUUUGCAAAGCUAGAUGUUCGAACUGGUAGAGUCAUAUGGAGAACCUAUAUGCUUCCUGAUAAUGGAGGCAAACUGGGUGGUUACUCAGGAGCCGCUAUAUGGGGAAGUAGUCCUGCCAUUGAUGUAAAAAGACGACGUUUUUAUAUAGGAACUGGGAACCUCUACAUAGCUCCUCCUGAUGUGCUACGAUGCCAAGAGUUGCAAAACAAUCAAACAACACCACCAACUAAACCGGAUCAGUGCACUGGACCUGAUAUCAACUUCAAUUCAAUACUUGCAUUGGAUAUUGAUUCUGGAAGGAUUGCCUGGGCAAGGCAACUGGGUGGUUAUGAUGUAUUCUAUUUCGCAUGUUUAGUUCCUAAUAACCCCGACUGUCCUCCAGGGCCAAGCAUUGAUGCUGACUUUGGAGAGGCUCCUACGCUACUUAGCAUAUAUGUAAACAAGACAAUACGCGACGUUGCAGUGGCUGUACAAAAGAGUGGGUUUGUAUGGGCCUUAGACCGUGACAAUGGUGACACAGUGUGGUUCAAGUUGGCUGGACCAGGUGGGAAGGAGGGAGGACUCUGGGGUGCAGCCACUGAUGGUAAAAGAGUGUAUACAAACAUUGCCAACAGUGACCGAGUGAGUUUCCCUCUUGCACCUUCUACACAAAGAACAACGGCUGGAGCAUGGGUGGCUCUGGAUGCAAGUACCGGGGAAAUUGUUUGGUAGACGGCAAAUCCCAGCAAGACUGCACAAGCGCCUGUCACACCAGUAAACAAUCUCCUCUUUGCUGGCUCUGUAUCUCCUAAUGGUCCUUUAUACACAAUGGACGCCAACACAGGCAAAAUUAUCUGGUCUUAUGAUAAAAAAACCACAAUAUAUGGGGGUGCAUCAGCAGGCUAUGGGUGCAUUUAUCUAGGAAACGGUUACACAAAGAGCCUGGCAAAGUUCCACCCUGACUGGACUCCCGGAACUUCACUCCAUGCUUUUUGCAUUUGGUGA